AUGGCAAUGCAACACCUCGCUCCAGAACUUCUCGCUCGCAUCUUUGAAUCCCUCUCCUCCGUCUCCGACAUUAUCAACCUGUCUCUCGCCUGUCGCUAUUUCUACGAAAUCCUCCCCAAAUCGCAAAAGCUGGCACUCUUCUUCAGCACUAUCGAUGAAACAGAUGGACCAGUCCAAGAUAUCAUACAAAUCUUGACCCAGAACAACAACCAAAUGCUGCAUAUCCGGCGGUCUCCGCCUCUGUCGUUUGCCCUACUCUCGCAAGUCACUGCCGUUGCUCGCGUGGCACGGCGCUACGUGGACCUGUUCCCCGGAUUCAAGUGGCUCGAGGCGGCGAGCGUCAACCGACGAGUAUUGGACCGUCACGAAGCUCGUCGACUACGUCGGGCGGUCUAUCGGCUAUGGAGCUACUCAAAAGCAUUUCACCAGUUUCCUUAUCGCACCGCUCGUACCGAUGCAACAGCUACCGCAGAACGACUACAGCUCCUGCGGACGUGGUCGAACGACGAACUCUUCGAGUUGGAGGACUUCCGCGGCUUGCUCGAACAGUUGCUCGCCACCGAGAUCUGUCCUACCGAUGGAGAGGUAUAUUCCCGGAUACCCGACGAUGCACAAAAGUUCCAUCUGUCGCUGCAGUAUCCUUACCUUCGUCCCGUCUCAUCCACUCCACAGGCAUACCACGAUCUUUUCCACAGUUCUCAUCACUCUGACGUCGAUCUACACAAACCGACCGUCCAGGAACUUCGAAUUAGGCACAUGAAAGGGUGGGGCAGUGACCUGCAGAACUUUUACCUCAUUCAGUCGUUCCUGAAGUUUUCCCCCGCGCAGAUCUUGUGGCUCUUCGACAACGCCGUGUGCCGCGCAGACGUCGAACGCUUCAUCGAGCAACAGACCCACGAUCCGUGCUUCUUCGACAGCGGAUCCAUGUUUUUCCAGGACUGGGUCACAGUGCUGCAUACGCGGGGGGUCGAUGUGCAACAAGCACGCGAAGCCAUCUGGCAGGAGAAAGCAGGGGUCGUGGUUAGCACAAGCUAA